AAACUGUGCAGUGACAAUAGCAGAUACAUAUUCGCUGCAACUGUUUUACCGUGUUACUGAAGCCAUUUCUAUAAUCAUGCAGGAUGCUGUUUUCAUGCUGUAAAAACAACGUCUACAAAAACAAAAGGACUACAUACUGUGAUAUGUGGUAUGCAAGCGACGCCUAAUUAUGAUAGUUAUAGACGAAGUACGGAUAGAAUAUUCUGCAGAACUAUAGAAACUUUAUUUGUUGGUAGCAGAAAUCCCAUUCCGAUUGCUAUCAGUGGCAGUACUUUUUUACACAAAAAAUUAGCGCGCUCAGCAAUUUGGCCGACGUGGACAAUCAUUGCGCAACGCCCAUGAACAUGAUGCGUGCAUAAUGGAGUAACCUCGUUUUUGCCGGUGUAUAAUUGCGAUCAGCCGAAGAUCGAACAGGCUGUUUCCGGGACAACAAAUUGUUGACCUAUUAGAGAUGGAAUACUAGCUUGCAAGUGAGUACUGCGCACAUGCCAAUUGUCACGCAGCACCAGAACCAAAUCUCCAUAAUUCCUUUCCGAUCGAAUUCCGGUUUUGUAGUUCACAGACUUGCUGAAAAUUCCCAGUCAUGUCGGCAGACGAUCCAAGGGACAUGGUUGUUGACGCUGAGGAAAGUAUUCAAGUAAAGUAUAAAGUAUCUGACGGCAAUCAUCUCCUGCUGGACAUUCCGCCGGUCAAGACUAAAAUUUGCGAAGAGCACACAUCUGCAACAUGGGAUGGUCAGGUGGACUAUAACACUCAAGAGCAUUCCACGUUUUGGGACACAUGCAAAGAUUACGGCAUCCGGCUGUAUCAUUCCUCUCUGCUCUGCUUCCUGUUUAUAACGUCUGCAUAUGGAUUGUUGUCGUUCUCGAUACAUAUCUAUAGCCUCCGGGUACCCAGAAACGAUCUGGGAGUGGCGUGGAUUGAGAACUCCCAACAGGGCCAAAACGUCUUAGCAUUUACUGCUGAAUUCAGCUUGGCCAAUGAUAGUGACCGCAUUCUUCGCUUGUUUAAAUCUAAUACGAAAGGAAUGGGAUUAGGAUUUAUUAAGAACACUUCCGGCACGCCCACCAUGCGUAUUGUUCUGAAGUUGUACCCUAACGCCGAUGACAGUAAAGAUCGGCCAGCUCACCAGAACGACACUGCCAUCAAAGACGACAACCGCACCAAAAGAAGCAUCCGCGACAACGACCUGCCUUUAUCGCUAGACUGGGAACAAUUUGCAGCCUAUGAAGACGAUUAUCCGGUUCGUUUGGAUGUUCAUCUUGAAAACUACACCACGUCGGAUUCAGACAAUACGACAGAUUUGGUAGAAGAACAGGAGCUUGAAACGGUUAAAAAUGAAAAUAUUGAUAUCCCAAGUACAUUUGAUCCGUACGCUGAAAAAUGUCGGCAGUAUUGGAAUGAUUUCCAACAGACCCAGAUAUUCGCGGCUGCUAAUCGAGAACUGCAAAAAAUUCAAAAAGGACUGGAAGCUGUUUUGUCAGGAGCUGAAAACGCAGAACUGGAUAUGAAAGAUGAUCCACCGAUAGAUCAAACAAAGCGGGAUCAAAUAGUCGUACGACAAGCGAUAUAUGAGCUUUUGAAAAGAUUUGGCGGAAAAACUGAAAGUGCUUUCCACAAAAUACGUCAGCGCAAUAACCAUUAAACGGCCACAAUUUAAGCUACCUACAAGAUCUCAAGAUUCCUCUUUACUGUGACCCGUUAAAGGAAUUCUUAUAAAUUUUGGUAGAGUAUAUAUUUUAUUGUUAUUGUUGUUUGUUGAUCAUUCUUAAAUUUGCCUUCUGCAUAAUUAUUGUAUAACUAUCUCGUACGUCUUGUUCGUACCGCUACUUCAAUGAAGUAAACUCGCUUGCGUCCGUAA